UGUAGAUUAGUUAGUUUUGUGGAGCCAUGGAGCAUGUAGAUGAUGGCCCUUUUGAGGCAUCCUCAAGUAAGAACCAAAAAGUAGAAGCCAAUGAUCUUUUGGAAGAGUGUUGGUUCUUUGACAACUUGCUCAUCAGGAAGCAAAGGAUGUUGAGGUGUUAUUCUGAUCCUUGUUGCCCUUCCCCAUCAAGCUUUGGUCAAGAAAUGCUGGUGAAGAACUCAGAGGCCAAGAAUUCAUUGGUUCGAACACCGUCUCUGCCACUUAAUGUGGGGAGAGAAGAGAAAGUUGAGGAAGCAGUGAAUCACAAUACUCCAAAGAAGUGUUCGAGCAAAUUGACUCGGCAGACAUCACAUCAGAAAAUUCUGCAGACUCCGACCAAAUCACCACCUUGUGUGAGCAGGAGAGAGGACGAUCAAGAUGGAGAGAAGAGUGACAGCAGAAGAAGCAAAUCAUAUGGGCAACCGGUGCAGCGCAGUUUGCUAAGGACACCAUCAUUGCCACCCUGUUUUGGGAGGGAGGAGAAAAACCAAGAGAGCAUUCCGCAGAGACAUAAGGGGAUGACACAAUGUUCUAGUAUUCCGAGAUAUCGACCUCCAGUUAGAAUCACAGAAGGAGAAAAUGAUGUUAGCAAGGAAUUAAGACGCAACUUACUUUCGAGAAAGAGCCUCAGCGAACUCGAAAUUGAAGAAGUGCAAGGAUUCAAGGACUUGGGGUUCACAUUUGACAAGAAAGACAUAGCCCCAAGUGUGGUUAGCAUACUUCCCGGUUUGCAAGAAAAGAAGCGCAAUGAGGAUGUAAACCCGGAUAUGGUACGUCGGCCUUAUCUUUCGGAAGCGUGGCUAGUGCAAAGCUGUGCCCCUCCUCCUCCAAACUUGGGUGCAGGUAGGUCUGCUGAAGACAUGAAGGCACAAAUCAAGUUUUGGGCUAGAUCUGUGGCAUCUAAUGUGCGCUAGGAGUGCUGAACAUUGCAUGUCAUUGAAAUUUUUGUGAAUUAUUGACUUGAAUAAUCACAUUAUAAUUCAUAGUCUGAGUAUAUUGUAACAUUAUGAUUCAAUC